ACUAUUGAAGAGAGCAGACAUUGCCAACACUUUCAAUGGCUGCCUUGGGUUCCUCUGUUCCAACAAAAUCUGGGAUAAAGAGUAAACUUUGUUCUCUAUUCACAGAACCGUCACGUAGACCCAAAAUUUCGACUCACAAAACCUCGCGAAAAGGUUCAAAUUUCGUCUCGUCUUUUUCACCCACAACUUCCAAUGCCAAAACCGCAUCAAAAGAACCCCGAUUUGAUGUUCAAAGCCAAAACCCAUUGCAUGAGUUCCUCCAUAAAAGUUGCAGAUCAGGUAAUUUCACUUGUGAGGAAGCCCUACGCUAUUUUGAUCAUAUGAUCCACAUGCGACCCUCUCCUCCUAUGUCAUCAUUCAUUCUUUUGUUGGGUGCCCUUAGUAAGAAAAAACAUUACCGUGAUGUAAUUUUUCUGUGCUACCGAAUGCGCUUAAUUGGGUUGUCGAAUAUUUUUUCUUUGGGUAUCUUGCUUAAUUGCUAUUGUAGUGUGCACCGGAUUCGUGAUGGUUUUGCGGUGUUAGGGAGCCUUUUGAGGAGGGGUUUUAGCCUUAACACUGUGACUGUUACGUCUUUAAUUAAGGGACUAUGUACGGAGGAUAAUAUUGGUAAGGCAGCUUUGUUGUUUAGGAAAAUGCCUGUGUUGGGUUGUAGGCCUAAUGUGAUCACAUAUGGGACUUUGAUUACAGGGUUAUGUCGAACGGGUCAUACAAGCGCUGCACUUAAGUUGCUUGAAGAAAUGGUUAAAGGGAAUAUUGAAUCCCCUUUUACUUGUAAGCCAAAUAUUGUAUGUUAUAGUAGUCUUAUAGAUGGUCUUUGUAAGGAUGGUUUGAUAGAAAGGGCAAAUGAAGUUUUCUUGCAAAUGAAAGAGAGGGGAAUUUCUCCUGACGUGGUUGUCUAUAGCUCUCUAAUUCAUGGUUUUUGCUGUUCAGAGAAAUGGGAGGAGGGUAGAAAUAUGUUUAUUGAGAUGGUGGAUCAAGGUGUUCAGCCCAAUGUGGUGACGUUCAAUACGUUGAUAAGAACGCUUUGCAAUGUGGGCAAGAUGGAACAAGCUUAUGAAGUGUUACAAUUUAUGAUUGAGCGAGGUGAGGAUCCUGAUUCUUUUACAUAUAACACUCUGAUCAAUGGAUAUUGUUUGGCAGGUAGAAUUGAUGAUGCAAGAGGGUUGUUUGUUUCUAUGGCUAGCAAGGGGUGUGAACAUGAUGCUUGUAGUUAUAACGUUUUGAUGGAUGCAUACUGCAAGACUAAAAGGAUAGAUGAAGCUAUUUGUCUUUAUAGGGAAAUGAUCUGCAAGGGAGUUAGACCUACUGUUGUCACGUGUAACACUUUAUUGUUAGGUCUUUUCCUGGAAGGUAGGGUUGGCGUUGCAAGGAAAUUCUUUGGUGAGAUGCAAGAUCAUGAACUUGAGCCAGAUUCACGUACAUAUAAUGUCUAUGUAAAUGGUCUUUGCAAGAAUGGUUGUCUUUCAGAGGCAAUGAACGUGUUUCUUGGUUUAUCCAAGGUAAAACCAAACCUUCAAAUUUACAACUCUCUUAUUGAUGGCUUUUGUAAAGCGGGGAACCUUGAAUCUGCUUGGAAGAUGUUUAAUAGGUUACCCCAUGAUGGUCUGGAGCCAACAGUUGUAACUUAUUCCAUGAUGAUAAAUGGACUUUGCAAGGAAGGGCAGUUGGAAAAGGCAAAUGAUAUGUUAUUAGAAAUGGACGAGAAAGGUUGCCCUCCAAAUGUUGUUACAUUUAAUACCCUCAUGCGUGGUUUCUACCAUAAAAAUGAGAUGACGAAAGUUAUUGAACUUCUACAUAACAUGGCUGACAGAAAGUUGUUACCAGAUGAAUCCACAAUGACCAUGGUAGUCGACUUAUUGUCGAAGGAUGAAAAGUAUAUGAACUUGCUUCCAACCUUUCCAUCCCAAGGCAGACAAGAGGACGACGUGAGGAGUGUCAACUGCUAGCAGGCAUAACAAGUAUGAUGAAUGUUGUUACUAGACUGCAUAUUCUGCAGAGAAACUACUUGAAAGAACUUCAUCAAUGUCUCAAUUCAAUAAGAACGCCACUAGUCUGUCUUGUAGCUGUCUCAAUUUGGAUUGUACUACUAUUACAGGAAUCAGUAAGAAAGGGGUGGAGUAUUGAGUCUGGCGCAUGAUUUUCCCAUGACUAUGGGAUCUGGGGAAGAUCAGAUGUACCGGUGCCUUACAUUGCAGUGGGCUGUCUAUGGGGUUCUGAAAUCAUGACUCCUGGUUGCAAUGUAGCAACCCACAGCUUGGAUUAUUAAAGAUGUUUUCAUGGAGAAGUUUGGGCCUGGCUAAAUGCCAUAAUUAUGGGGAUUUGAUCUGCAUCAUUCUCCGUCGAAACCCUUAUCCUUAACAAUGUUAGAGCCGGCCAUAUAUGGGAAAUUAGUGAGACCCUCUGAAGCAACUAAGCAAGAUGUUGGUAAAAGACUCUAAAUCUCCACAGGUGCUGGGACUGGGACAUUUGCUUUUAAUUAGAAGCAUUAAGCUGCCGGCAUUUCCCCAUAAUCAUGUGCAAAAGGCUUGUAAUGGUUUGAGAAAUCAUGAGUCCAAAUGGAAAAUUGUUGCUUUACAGCCGUAGGGGAUCUACAUGGGAAUUUUUAACCAUUGUGACUCCCGUACCUGUUUACCAGUGGGGGUGGAGUAUCAAUAUUACAAAUACAAAAGCUCUUCGUACUACCUUCAGUAAUAUCAGUAUACAUGGUUAUUCAGAUGUGGAGGUUCACACACCUACUUGGAUUAGAAGCAGUGCUUGCACAACUAUGGGUAGAAUAGAAUUUGGCAGCAUAAAGGGAGUGGACAAAAUCUUCAAAAGAAUCUGAGCCUAACUUAUUUACCUAACUACCUCUAUGCCUCCUCCACUUGCCAUUCUCUGUCCAAUAAGACUGGGAUUCCAGUGACUUGAAGCUUUUUAUCUUCAAUCAUGAUUUAAUGUUGUACUGAUGAUGGCUACAAAAAUAGUAUGUAAUUAUCAGAUACCUCAAGGUCCUCAUCUCUAUCAGGCCAGGACCCACUGUUUGCA